CUGCGAUUGGUCGGAUGCUCCACGUUGCACAAACCUAAACAGCAGCGUAAAGCCGAGACCAGAGGAUGAAGCAGCAGGAACAUCAUCACUAUCCUAGUCAGGCGCUGGGUGAAACGUCUCUAAAUACCACCGUGUGACGCGUGCAUGAGAUAAUGGUGAUAAACUAGACUGUCGAGGGGCACCGUGAGGUUCUGCAGCGGAUCCUCAGACUGUUGACAGCCAGGCAGCAACAGCGCCAGACAGCACGGCGCUGUUUUCCACCGUCCACCGACGUGCGUCUGCUGGCAGAAAAACGGGGGUUGAUCAUGGCUUUGUCCUUUUGCUAACUACUGUCUGAACUGCAACUCAAACACAGCUUGGCUUAUAGGAAAAUAAUAAUACCAUGGGUUCCAGACUGAGCAGGCAGAGCAGCCUGGACAAUGAGAAUUUCUCCAAAAAGCGACGCAAGCUUACAGAUAGUACUGGAGAGAGCGACAGGGGCAGUCGGGGUGGCGGGGACUUUCUCUUUGCACUGAUGCUGAAAUCAGACAAACUGCCCGGGAUGCUGCGUCGGACCAACCACAGCCCGUACGUGAGGCGAGUGGCUUGGAUCAAAGAGAUCCAGAAGCUGCUCCGUGACCGCAGGAUAGAGCGGGCAACCGACGUGCUCAAAUUAUUGAGGAAGGAUCUGGGUUUGGAAGGCACCUCACUCAAUGACAUCUUGUACAAAAAUGCUGCCUUCCUCAACCUCGUGGACCCGAUCUCACACGAGCUGCUGCUCAGCCUGGCUCGAGAAAUGCAGUGUCCUAAGAAGGACGCAGACACCAUAAAGUCUUCUGAUAAGAUUUGCAGACAGCUGAUCUACCACCUGACCCCACACUCAAAGUGGCUGAGGCAGAGCAUGUCCAGACGGAAAUCCCAGGCCUGUCUCAAGACAACUCUACAGAAAAAGCUGUCCAGUGACACUGUUGACUUGUCUGGCAUCCCUCUGUCCCCUCGUGAUGUUCGUCAAGUCGCCUUCUACCUCCAAAGCAACAAAGACAGUGUGGUGGCUGUAGACAUCAGCUUCACCGAACUCCAGAAUGAGAACCUGAAACUCCUCCUGCCUUUUCUCGCAUCGCUGCCUAAACUCAGCACCCUAGCUCUCAAUGGUAACCGCCUCACCCUGGCGAUCCUCAAAGACCUCACCGAGAUGCUCAAAGACCCCAAGAAGUUCUCCAGCUUGGCCUGGAUCGACCUGGGCAAUAAUGUGGAUAUUUUCACUAUGCCUCAGCCGCUGCUAGUCGCACUGCGUCGGCGCUGUAGCCUGAAGAGCAGUCUGCCAACCAUCUACGAGUACACAGAGGGUCAACCCUACUGCUACAACCUGGAGACUUCUAUUGAGGAGCCCAGUCACUAUGAGGAGGAAGAAGAGGAGGAGGAAGAGGCAGAGGAUGGUGAAGAUGAUGCGAGGAACAAAUUCAAGCUUGAGCCGUGGGGUUUAGGGGAGAAGCAGCUCUCCACAGACUUGACCCUUCACUACUGUGAGAGGUGAUAUGGUAUUUUCUCUCAGAGACUCUUUUAACUGUGGCUGAAAUGCUGUCCCACAGCAGUCCGUUACUUCCUUGGCCCUCUUGCCCUCACACCAUGACCUAAGUCACCCUUUGAGGCAUGAGGGAGAUCAGUGCCCACAUAGUGAAUUUCAUGUCCUGACAUGGCUACCAAAUUAUUCCUAACUAUCUCUGAGUUAACCCACACAAGACAUUUGCAGCAAAGUGACAGUCACGACGGUGGACUUACUGUGUUUG